GCUCGCUCCCUCUCCAGCUCCACCAGUCCCCAGCAUAAAAAAGUCAAUUUAACACUUAAAUCAGUCAAAACUUCACUUCCUUCAAACUUUUCCUACAUUUUCACGCGUGACCAUCUACAUCGUGGUUUUUGCUGCUAUUCGGCGAUGAAGAUUUCCUCCUCUUCACAGAAGUACGGUAUCUUUCCGGUUGAUUUGAGACCGUUGGUGCAGCUUUGAGACGGAGCGGAGCGGUGCCAAAUGUGCGCGUGGAAAGGCACAUGGGGUUUGAAGUACCUCUGAAUUCUGGCCGGGGAAACAAGGAGGAGUGGAGGGAUACAACAAAAAGAGGGGAGUAACAGGAGGUGAAUGUUGCCUCUCACUGUCUUUUCCCUGCCACUACCAUGAGUUGGAGUUUCUUGACUCGCCUGCUGGAAGAAAUCCACAACCAUUCUACGUUCGUGGGCAAGAUCUGGCUCACCGUCCUCAUCGUUUUCCGCAUCGUGCUGACAGCCGUCGGAGGGGAGUCCAUCUACUACGAUGAGCAGAGCAAGUUUGUCUGCAACUCAGGCCAGCCAGGCUGUGAGAACGUCUGCUACGACGCCUUCGCUCCGCUCUCGCACGUCCGCUUCUGGGUUUUCCAGAUCAUCCUGGUGGCCACGCCCUCGCUCAUGUACCUGGGGUACGCUGUCAACAAAAUAGCUCGGGCAGAAGAGCAGGCAGAGGGCGGGGGAGUGAGUAGAUUUUCGCGGAGGAAACCCAAGAAGCCCUAUCUUGCAGGCAGAAAGCAGCACAGGGGCAUAGAAGAGGCUGAGGACGACCAAGAGGAAGACCCAAUGAUCUAUGAGAUGGCCGAGGUAGAGAGUGAUGGUGGUGGAGCAGCGAAAGGAAGCAGUGGUGAUGAAAAAGCAAAGGGCAAAGUGCGUCAUGAUGGGCGCCAGCGUAUCAAAGAGGAUGGACUGAUGCGUAUUUACGUCUUUCAGCUCUUGAUCCGCUCUGUGCUGGAGGUGGCGUUCUUAUGUGGACAGUACGCCCUGUAUGGAUUUGCUGUGCCUGCCACCUACGUGUGCUCAGACCUGCCCUGCCCUCACAGUGUGGACUGCUUUGUGUCACGGCCCACGGAGAAAACGAUCUUCCUCCUCAUUAUGUACACAGUCUCCGUGCUCUGUCUGGCUCUCAAUAUAUGGGAGAUGCUCCACCUGGGCAUAGGCACCAUCUGUGAGAUCGUCCGCUCCCGCCGGGUGCAGCUCCCUGACGAGGAGCUGUAUGGGCUCACACGGGCACAAGGAGCUCUUAAUGAGGGGGGAUUGAACGGAGAGGAUUACAGCAGCUACCCUUUUUCUUGGAGCGCACCAUCAGCUCCACCUGGGUACAACAUCGCCAUCAAGCCUCUCCUGGUAUCUACAGGACACCACGACCAGCCACUACCCAUCACCGAUCUCACUAAUGCUAAGAUGGCAUGCCGGCAGAACCACGUGAACAUUGUCCAAGAGGAGCGUCAGCAGUACACCAGUAAUGAUGAAAACCAGUGCAGAGCAGGGAUGGGAGAUGCCUCCAGAGGUGUUCACAAGGACAUCCGACAGCCUCAGAACAAGCUGGAGGCAGACAACCCGGCCUACAGCCAGCCACAGAGCCACAGUAACAACCACAGCAAGCCUCACCGCGAACGUAAACACCGGCAGGCCUCCAAACACACCUCGAGCAAGACGGAGGCAGACAGAGGCAGCAGCACCAGUAGUAGCAGCAAAUACGGAGUCAUAAAAGGUUCUGAGUGGAUCUGAAAUACAGACUGAGACUUGUGUUUUUGUUAUUCUUAAACAAUGCAAAGCCUUCUCAGACCGACAGUAUUUACAUUUGUGUGUCCACGUACUGCGUAUAAACAAAAGACACAGCAAGCAGUUUACAUUCUUUUCAAUAGUAUUCACACCAUUACAAUAGUGAGGUGAUUAAAAGUGAUUAUUAGUAUCAGAAUCUGUCUUGUACCAGUCCACUGAUAGCUCUGUUCUAUGAGGACAAAUUAUUAAGUAGGGGAUAUAUCCAUGUAUAAUAGGGAAGCACCGAUUAAUCAGCUGAACAUCAGUGUCAGUCGAUAUUCGCCUUGUUGACCGCCAGCAGCUUAUUGACAAAUAAGAUGCAUUCACAGGUGAAAGUGCUCAGUGAUUUUCAGUUUUGUCACAUUAAUUUUGCACAGGCUAAACAACAGAGCUCGAGACCAACAGUGUCCUGUUAUUCAGGGAUGCCUUUGGGACGAAAGGACACAAUAAACUCAUAUUGAUGUGUCUGUGUCAGGGGAUGCACCUUAUUGUUUCCCUGAUAAGCAACAAAUUUGUUUCGACAUCGGCAGGAGGAGAGCUAGUUAAUGUUAGCUGUUAGCAGCAGGUAGUCUGAACUAACAGCUUUCGGAGGCUGCUUUGAGUUACAUUAUGAUGCGUUCAUAGUCUGUUCAGUCAAAAUGAGUAAACGUCAUCAUGGUGAGUUUAUACGUAGUUUUAUAAAAUAUAUUUUUGGCCGAGAAACUUGAAUAAAUACAGAAGGAGAAAUUUGUUGAUGUCCUUACAGCAAAAUAUCAAAGAUAUUUGAGAGGGAAUUAUAUUUCGUAAAAAGGCUUUUGAAGCAGUAUUUUAAAAAGUGUUUCUUAUGUGAAAGGUUAGAUUAAAGGUUGUUUCAAAGAUGUGUAUGAUUGAGUUUGUGCUCGUUCAAAGAUAGGGUAAUGAAGGACUUUAAAACAGUUCAAUUAUUUUUUUAUGAUGAUAAUUUCUUUGUUUCCAUAUCCUCAAAAACAACAAAAACAUUGGCAACGGCACUAUCAGCCAAAUUGUUUUUCUAAACAUCAUCAGUAUCGGUCCAGAAUUUCACAACUGGUGCAUCCCUAAUAGAUAGUAUAAAACAUUUGGCAUGAAUAGCAUCAGGGAAAUACUGAAAAAUGCUCAUGCCCUUGUUAUGAUGAGCUCAUGCUUUAGACUAAUGUUUAACUUUACAGAGUCAGUAUAAUGAUUAGAGUAUAUUUUCAGUUUUCAGGUUCAGACUCAACAGUACAAGAUAGAUUCUGCUGCAAACAUGUAAGUGAAAACACCACUGAAGAUAAUGUCAAGGAGAUGGGAAAUGAUGUUGCCGCCCACGUCUGUGACAGAGCUGGAUAAAUGUUAGUUGCCACUUUAUACUACAACAAUAAUCAUUUCUUAAUUAUUUGUCAAACAUUAAAUUACAGUGGAGUAAAAGUAUCAAAUGGCUUUGUUAAUUGGCUGUUGGAGCUUUUGAUGUCAGGCCUCCACGCUGUAACCUAAGGUGCCUUACUUUAACAGUCAAAGUGCUGCGUCCUGUCGACUCUGCAUCACGUCACUAUGGACUGAAACAGAAGCUAAGUCCUGCUGUCUGUGUGACUAGUUUCAUUACAAACCAGGGGUUAAGCUUUGAACAAUGGUGUUGUUUAAGUAUGCAAAUUUGUAUUGUUUUCAUCAAACCAGGUCUGAGGUGGAUUGGUUGUUUUAUCCAGCCAUACAGAUAAAUGAGGGUGUGUUUUCAGUCUGAUUUCACAGUGUCUCUGUAUUUUUGGGGGAGAAAAAAGUUUGCUAAUGUUUUGACAGAUUUUAAAAUGUGUCUGUCAGUACAAGUGUUUGGCCAAGUUCAAGACCCUACCCGUUUUUCAAACUGUUGUCAGUGUCUUAUUCUCUAGCUGUUACAAUUUAAACAUUAUUUUCUUUGAAGUUUAUGCUAUCAAGAUUUUCUGCACUAUUAGUCCAUUAGUUUGUGUUAUUUACAUGACAAAACAAAGCCAGUGCAUUCAGCCUGUUGUGUUGUUUUCCCCCAGGCCUAGUAUAAAGAAUUCAUUGUCAGUAAUACAUACUUUUAUUUUCAGAUUUUCAAAUUGAAAUGUCAUUAUAAGGCUAGUC